AUUCCAUUUCCAGCCUCGUCGAUAAAGCCACAUCAUUUUUCCCAACUUAGGUAGCAUUUCGUCACUAAGAGCAAUAUGAGUCUAAGUCCUAAAACAUCAAACACAUAACUCACCUGCACAACUCACAACACACAACACACACACCCUUCGACUGUACUGAACACGGUACAAUAGAUGUAUCUCAUGUAUACGCCAUAAGCAAAACUUCAUAAUUCCUUCUUCAUAGGCACGAUAUCGAAAUGGCACAGAAAGCACGCAAGGACACAGCAAAGGCCAAUGCAGCGGCUCUAACAAACCUUCACACCGGCACUCUUAUUGUCAACACGCUUUUCGUCUUGUUCAACUUCAUAUUUAAAAAGCGAUCCAUACUUCUAUAUGUCAUCCUCUCAAUUCCUAGCUUCAUAUGCGAGUACUUCUUAGAGUCAUCGGGGCGGCCUAGAUACGAUCCCACAACGAAGGCGCUUCAGAGGGCUGGCGAGGACUUGUCCUCACCUGGACUUACGGAGUAUAUGUUUGACGUUAUCUGGGUAACAUGGGCAUCCGUCGUGCUCGUGAUCCUUUUUGGUAACUGGGGGUGGCUCCUUUGGACUGUUGUACCAGCUUACGGGGCCUUCAAAGGCUACAGUCUACUUGGUGCAGCUCGCGGAAUGGCCGGCAUGCAAGGACAGCAGCCGGGGAAUGCCGCACCAGUGGCAGGCAAUAGGAAACAAAGACGUGCAGCUUGAACUAGGAUUACACAUCCGUCACCUAGCAUUGCAUCAUUAGGAAUCCUUUCAUAUUUUCAAGUUAUAGACUUGAAUUUAUGUGACUGGUCACCUAGUUCAGCAACCUAUGGCAGUCGAGCUCCUCGGUCCACUUAUCCAGGGUGUCUUUGUCAACAUCUCUGACGAUGAUAUGAAUAUCUGCAGCAUCUAAGUCAGCGAUACUCAAUAUAUGAUUUUGACUGCCAUUUCCGAUUUAUAGGCGGUAAUAUGUAAAUGAAAUCUUAUAAUCGAGAUUGUACAUACGUUCUAGUGCCCUCACGCUUUGCAGCGCAACCCAGUUCUUAAACCACAAGACUUUAUCAUCUCCUCCUGGGCCUAGUUUAUCUACGAAGAACCUUUUCACGAAAUUCUUCACAGUGUCGCGGCUUUCAGUGGUCAUAUCUCCGGUCUCAGGGUCCGUCGGAAUCGUCGUUCUUGACCAAACGACUAUUCGGAUGGGUCUUCAAAUGGAGUAGUUGAUGUUGGUUUGAAGGGAGGAGACCCCCAGGCUUUUGGUAGCCGGUGCUUCAUGAGAUAAUUCGACAUGGAUCCGUAUUCUAUCUUAAUCUCGGCAGUCCAUUUCAUAUAUCGUUGCAAAUCGGACGGUUUUCGCUGAAGAACAGAGAGAUUAUUCUCCUCUA